AUUGUUUUGAGGACAAUACUGUUUUCUGGUACAAAGCUUUAUUAAUGGCUGUUUUGAUGAACUACAAUUUAUUUGUUUGUGCUGCAGUGGAGCUCGGGCUUGAUGGCUCCAUUAAUGGUGAGACAAUAGCACAUGCUACCAUAGGAGAAGUUAGCAGUAGCUUUGCUGAUGAAGAUAAAAUUGCUAGCUGUUCCUUUGAUCCAGCUUACAAACAAGAUCAAGAUGGUAAUAUAACACAAGAUUCUUCUGGAGGGGACACAAUCCCCUCAGCAAUUCCUGCUGUAUCGGUUGUGUCAGCUGAUGAGCCAUACGUGGGUCAGGAGUUUGAUUCGGAAGCAACAGCGCAUGCAUUUUAUAAUGCAUAUGCCACGCGUGUUGGAUUUGUCAUACGUGUAAGUAAGCUCUCACGGUCAAGGCGUGAUGGUUCUGCAAUUGGACGUGCUCUUGUUUGCAACAAAGAGGGUUACAGAAUGCCCGAUAAGCGUGAAAAAAUUGUAAGGCAAAGGGCAGAGACAAGGGUCGGUUGCAGGGCAAUGAUUUUGGUGAGGAAAGUUAGUUCCGGUAAAUGGGUUGUCACAAAGUUUGUAAAGGAGCACACACACCCUUUGACACCUGGAAAAGGCAGAAGGAAUUAGAA